AUGGCUACACAAACACAAGUCACUUCAUCACGCUUGAAGGCUCUAGGCGCCGCAGCAGACAUCAACCAAAAUGCCAACCUCGCCAAAUUUACAGAACCGAGCCCCGAAGAAGACUACCAAAAUGCUGUCCAGCAGAUAGAGAAUAAGCUGGACAAAAUGGAAGUUAUAGACGCUCUGUUCAUCGUGAAUCUUGGCUCAAAUCACCCUGGGCUUCUGAUUGACGCUCGGAGCCCUGGACGCGCGUCGAUGUCCAAGAUCACGGAUCGGCAGCAAGAGAAUCUCGCAUCUUCCGCCGCAGACUUGUACGUCCGACCGCACAUGAUCCAGCGAUUUGUGGACGGCGUGAUGGAUGCGCGCUACGCCCUCAACUGGGGCCACAUCUUCGCCGUCGGCGCCACACGGGUAGCAAUCAAGUUCGUCGACGUCCUCACCGGCUUCGAGGCCAUCCAUCCUAGGCUAGACCGGACGAUCGUGGAUCAAUUACCUCGACCGACCGAAGACGUUGGGCAAGUACAGCAGGACCUGAAGAGAUGGGGGUAUGGCUUCGUCAAGAACGCCCUUUCGCCCGGCGAGCUCCAAAAACUACACAAGCGGCUCAUGGACCAGGCCCGGGGCGAGGCAGAGGCCGGCGUGGGGUUUUUCGACGGAGGCGAAAACAUGCCGAACCAGAGGCUUUGGUGCCUCCACAACAAGGGCCAGGAGUUCAUCGACCUGCUUGACCACAACAAGGUUCUCAAGCAGUUCCUUCCACCACACUUGGGGGACGACGCGAUUCUCUUCAGCUAUACGGCGAACAUUGCUCGGCCGGGCAAUUCGCCAAUGUACCUCCACACCGAUCAGCUCACGGCAAGUCCUUCAUAA